AUGGUUUUGGAGCUGUUCAUGGACCUGCUGUCAGCACCCUGCCGUGCCGUCUACAUCUUCGCCAAAAAGAACAGCAUCCCCUUUGACUUCCAGUUUGUAGAUCUGCUCAAAGGUCACCACCACAGCAAGGAAUAUAUCGAGAUCAACCCCUUGAGGAAACUGCCCAGCCUCAGAGAUGGGAAAUUCAUCUUAACUGAAAGUGUGGCCAUCCUCUUCUACCUCUGCCGCAAGUACAGCGCACCUUCACACUGGUACCCGCCAGACCUGCACACUCGUGCACGUGUGGAUGAGUUCAUGGCCUGGCACCACACAGCCAUUCAGCUGCCUAUGAGCAAGAUACUCUGGUUCAAGUUGCUGAUUCCAAUGAUCACCGGUGAGGAAGUCCCCGCUGAGAAGACAAAUGAGAUGCUGGAAGAAGUGAAGAAAAGCCUUGCACAAUUUGAGGAGAAGUUUCUGCAGGACAAAUUGUUCAUCACUGGGGACCACAUUUCACUGGCUGACUUGGUGGCCUUGAUGGAGAUGAUGCAGCCCAUAGGAGCAAAUCAUAAUAUCUUCCUCGACAAUAACAAGCUGACCGAAUGGCGCACGCGUGUAGAGGUGGCCAUUGGAUCUAGCCUCUUCUGGGAGGCUCAUGACCGCUUGACGAAGUUGGUAGAAUGGGACUGUUCAACACUGGAUCCAUCGGUCAAGGAGAGGAUCUGUGAGUUUCUGCAGAAGUACAAGUGA